AAAAAUCUGGGAACUGGGAAGUGGGAACUGGACUGGACACUGGACUGGACUGGGAACUGGGAACUCUUGAAACCACAGAAUUCUGUGCUUGAAACUGAAAGUUGAAAAGUGCGAAGUAGGCUACUGCCAAGUGCCAAGUGCCAGUCAGUGCCACCAGCCUCACUCCUCACUCACUCGCCACUGACACUCAGCCAACGACCAAAUUAUGAGAAUGACCUAAGCCGUGAGAGGGGUCGCGAGUGGUCAUUGAAAAUAGGCCUGAACGCCUAAUUGUUGUUUUGGUUUUUUAAUCAACACCAACUAAAAUGGCGGUAAGCAAGGUUAGCAUUCCUGGUGGAAUGUUUGAGUCUCAAGAACAAGAAGAUGAAGUGCAGCGGUCCAUUUGUAAUCGUCAAGAUGAAGCAGAAAGACGACAGAUUCGAGAGGGGUACAGAAAUUUUAUGGAUGACCUGACAGAGAAGAAAAACGAAUUGAUUGACCCGACUGAUGGAAAUGAUUUGCUCAGUCAAAAAUUGUCUGCUGUGGACAACAUGUUUCAAAAAGUCAAGAUGACCAGAGAAGGUGCCCUUGAUUCAGCAUCUUUGGUCACACUUGCAGAUUAUGGUAAAAUGAAGGCCCAAGCUUUAAAGACGGAUUUUAUAACCUUUAACCCAGCAGAUUUCUGUGAGAAAGUGAAGUUGACUGUGGCAGGUGAUGCUGAAUCAGCUGUUCGUGGAGACUUGACACCUGCUCAAUGGACCAGCUUGGGACAAACUGUUCAGUCUUUCUUCAAGAGAGCACCGGUUCUGCAGUUUAUGUGUGGAUCUUUUGAACGAGGUGAAGUGAUUCCAAGAGUAGCCAGAACGAAAGAGAGGGAAAAGGUCCAAGAUAAUUCAGUAAUCAAGGCUACAAAACCCACCCAGCUUUCUUCUUUAGAAGAAACAGACCGAGGUGAACUCACAACAGCACAAGUGGAUCAUCUUCUGAACACCCUGUGGAGUAUUUAUGAAAGUCAAGAUCAUACCCCAAUUUGCUUUUUUGAGUUUGUGACGAACCCACAUUCUUUUGGUCAGACUGUUGAAAAUAUUUUCUAUGCAUCAUUUUUAAUAAGGGAUGGUCUCGCAAAAGUCACGCUUGAUGAUGACAGCUUACCAGUUAUUGAACCCAUUCAGAAGGAAGAUAUAGAGAAUGAGAGAAGUGAAACUGCUGAAAGACACCAAGUAGUAUUAUCAAUUACUCAUGAAGAGUGGAAGGAGAUUGUGGAAACGUUUAAGAUUGAAGAGCCUCUUAUAAAGCCUUGUGAUAUCCUGAAAGACCGUCAGCAGCUGGCCAACAUUCCUGAACAGCGAACUGUGACAUCUGCAAAAAGCAAAGGGAAAGGCAAGGGGAAGAAAAGUGUUCUCAUACCUUGACAUUGGAAGGUGCUCUGUGUAGUAGUGUGGCAGCAUUUGUACAUAUGUGCGUCUGUUGAAGUGAAUGCUUUGGCUCUUUUUUUUUUGUGUACAGGUGUGCAUCUGUUGAAAUGAAUGCUUUAGCUUGUAUUUUUAUAGGGUGUGUGUGUUUGCGUACACAUUUGUCAUUGAUGGGAGUAAACUGAAUUAUAGCUGUAUAAAACUUAUUUCUUGUCUGACAGUGGUCUCAACGAAAGAACCGAGCCCACCAAGGAGCCUGCUCAUAAUUUUUUCUGUUUUAUUUAUAUUCUAAAUCUUUUGAACCUUAGACCGUAAAAUCUCCGGGGGAAAAUUCCUGAAAUCUAAGGGGGUUUUGAAGGGACUACAAAGUAGGUGUAGGUCUAUAUACAUCAAGAAGAGAGAAUGACUAAGGGGUGGCCAAAACAGUGAGGCGACAACGAACCUGGUAUAGGGCUCUUUCCUGGCAAGCAACUCGAUGACGCCAAAAUUCUUUUAGAAAAUAAUAUUCCGUUCUCAAAAAAGAUAUGUGUCACGACGUUGUGGAAUCAGGUACUGGUCAGUUUUUGGGCAUGUGUGGUUAUUGGUAUCACCUUAAGACUUGUUCAUUUUUAUUGCUUUUGUGAAAAAAUACCCACAUAUCUUUAAUAUGGGGUUAGUAAGCUGAGACCACUUUUUUUCUGUUUGUAAAUUUUUUUUUUGUUAUGAAAGGUUCUUUCUGCUGGCCUGUCAUUUUUCCUCGAGUUAUUUUAACAAGCACAGGGAUUUUUACGUAAAUCAAAUAAUUAUGAUUACCAAGCAUUUUCUUCACUUCGACUUCCUUUUUUUUUCGUGUACACUCUCACAUAGAGUAAUAUGGACACUAAUUACUUAUUUUGUUGUCUUUCAUGGCUUUUUUAUGUCCAGUACAUGACUGAAAAUGUGAAAAUACCGUAUAUCCUUAUAUCCUCUGCUCAGGGUAAGAUUGCUUCAUUCAUCACAGUCAUCACUUUUCAAAAUGGCGUCACGCCUCGAGCGGUGCUACUGACUGAAAUGUCUUUAGGCCAUUCCCAAAAGGGGGACAUUAAGGGGAAUGUGUAGGCUGAGAGGCAAUUUCAGUUACUGAAGCCUUUUUACCUUUUUUUCCUAUUGCACUACUGAUUUGGGUCAAAAGGUGAUGUAUUAAUGAUCUAUUAAAACCCAAAAUUCAUUUUUAACACUUUGCUGGCCGUUUUUAGGGGGCCUCGAGGUAAUUUUUUCAAUAAUCAAAAGAACACCAGAAGUCAGUCAGUUUUUGUCCUAGAGAGUUGAUUUUUUGCAUGGAAUAACAUAUCAAAGUUAUAAACCACUUUACUAAAGCUUUUUCUGAUACUCAGUACGGGUUGCAAAUGGUCUUGGAUAACCGUAUCCCCCGAAAUCGGAAUCGGAGAAUAUCCAAGGAUACCUAAAAUGUAUACACCAAAUUCCAUCCACACUAAAAACUCAACAUGUUUAAGCCAAAACCUCUUGUAAAGUGGUGGGACAUCAUGUAAGGAAUAUGACAUAAAAAGAUGAGCCCUCUAUCUUUGUGACUUACCGAGAUUUGGUGGUCCUAGUGAAUCAUGUUGCGGUAAAAUGAGAGUUUUGAGAAAAACGACAAGAACGAUCAUCAUUAAAGAUUACAAGAAUAGUUGAGUAAAUUCAACAACCCAAGCCUAUUUUUCUAUUUCUACAACCAGUUCACUUUCAUUAUGCAGAGGUUUCAUACAACAAAAUACUGUGGUUUACAGCUGUCUUUGUCAAAAUAAAUAACUCUAUGCACAGACAACUAUGAAAAAAUACAGAACUACCCAAAUGAAGUGGGGGGGUCCCACACGACAGGGUUGGGAGUGGGGGGGGGUCCCACACGACAAGGUUUCUCGAACGUCCCCUUCCCCAGUCUCAUAAAAUUGCCCAAACAGUUCCUUGAGCCUUUCCUGGGCUUUUUGUGUCACUUCAGCCUUCUCUAUCCUGCGCUUCUUUGCCUGCAAUGUGUUUGCAGCUUCAGCCUUGUGUUCGAACGUGAUCUCGCUUUUGUCCAGUGAUUUGAGUCUGUGGACCAAUCGGCAGCUGUAGAGCUUGCAGAUAGUCUUUGGUGGAAGCAGAUCCAAAAUUAAAUUCCCCAAGUCUAACUGCAACAGCAAUUUCCACCCGCUUUUUUGUCGCAAAUAAGUGUUUUGGGCAACUGAGUGGACAUAUUCAUUUGUGUUUUGAGUUGCCUGCAGCAGGCAUUUUUGCAACUGCUUUACAUCAGACAUAUUGUCCUAUAUUAUAUGAAGUAUAUGAUCAAACACAAGUCUACACAGUGGUGUGCCAACUUCAGUCUCGUGUGGGGGGGAUGCCAUUAGCGAGAGCUCUUUGAAAAAAACACCACGAAUCCUCACCAGCAGGGCAGAAGUCAUGCUGGGGUUUUUCAUUGGUAGAGCUGCAAUGGUACAAAGUGGCCUUGAUUGCCCUCUGCAUGUCUGGCACAGUACUGAAUACUUUUGAAGUUUUGUUAUAACUUCAGGGUGUAAUUUGCCAAAGCCUUUGCCACCUAAAGUUAUUUUCGGUUUUUGUUUCAAUUUGUCUCUUGUCUCUGACAAGAUUACGAAGUUGUUUACCCAACUUUUUUCCCGACGUGGUUGACACAUUCAUUCCUCUAUGUCAUCAACCCGUUGUAUGGGUCAAGCCUUAUGAAUCUCAGAAAUUUUCUUGCUGUCCCCAUCACAGAUCAUUGAGAUGAAGCGCAAACCAUGUUUUCUCACACUUCUACUGAACAUGAGCACAGCUGCCUCUUUUCCAAUCCCACCACUAGUUCCCUCAUAGUUCUUCUUACACACUCCUUUAUGUCCUUCAUACCUCCUCUCAUACUUUUCAAAUUCUUCUGUUACUGUGUCGACAGCUUUCGCCAACAUUUCAUCUGAAUACUUUUCACAUUUUGAAUGAAUUGUCUUGACAUGGUCCUUGAAAGUUUUCACAUGUAGGCCUGAAAUGUUCAAAGGUUCCAAAAAGUUGCGCAGUCCUGCAAACCCCGUUCCAGUGGCUGAGGCUACAACGUUGCGAUUGACUUCAAAUGCACGGCUGCUUUCCUUAGUCCUUUUUUAUGUCAUUGUAGAUAAGUCUUCUUUACAAUGCAUGCAAUAGGGUGUAAGUUGAAUGGCUAAUCCACUUGAUUGUGCACUGCCACUUUUAAGAGUAAUCUGUGCUUGAAAGCAAUGUGGGCACAAAACAUUUUCAAAUAAGGUUUGUAAAAUGUCCAACUGUGCAAUUGUGGAUGGAAGAUGACCAGUGUCGGGAGACACUUCUGUUUGUGGGUUGUAUGCUAGUUUUCGCUUUGACGUUGACAAGACUGAAGAUUGUUGGUCAUCAAGAAGAGAUAACGGUGUGGUCGUCGACUGAUCUAGGUCUGAAGAUGGCCUGGAAGUGACAGGGGACGGUGAUGCAGGUAAAGGUACAUUCUUAACAGCACGAGCAGCAGCUAAUUGGGCUUUUCUGGAUUUUGAUCUCUGACCAACGAUGCUCGUCUUUCUUGAGUCUUGUUUAGAAGCAGGCAUUAUGACUUCUGGGGAAGUCAGAGCAUAGAAAAAAAUAUCUGAGAAUAGCUAACAUCUCAUGUUUGGUUUAGAGAUCGUCCUGACAGACAGAGACAAAAAAAAAAAUUAUCUUCUGUCAUCUUUCCAUAAAAUACUUCCCCAAAAAAAGAAAUAAGGAAAAAAAAGAUCCUUUUGAGCCUUUUAAAUAUUUUAAUUAAUUAUGCAUCUUUAUCUUUAGUAGGCUACAUCUAGAUCUAGAUGAUUUGUUGGAUGAGCCUGGAAGUUAAAAAAAAAUCAAAAGGACUACAAAGCUUAGAAACAUUUAAAUUGAAAAACUGGGCUGAGAGCUGAGCGUGGAAAUGUAUGACAAAAAUUGGACAGAGGGCCUGGAAACAACAAAAAUAAAAACUUACGGAGGGGGGAAGGGGUUGACUUCUCUUCGAAAAAAAAAAAGAAA